GCGGUCAGUCCGCUUGGACAGCGAGCCCGACAUGACGGACACCGAGGAGCGGGACCGCGCCAGCUCUGUGCUCCGCGACGUGAUGCUGCGGCUCCACUACUGCGCCGUGGCCGAGCUGCAGCCGCUGUCCUCCGGCGGCGCCAACUACACCUCGCUGCUGUACCGGGCCCGCCUGCAGGCCCCGGGCCGCCCCGACCUGCGACUCUUCGUGAAGGUCGCGAAAAUGAGCGAGAACGUCCGCGCGCACGCCAUCAACAGCGUGUACGACACCGAGCUGCUCGUCUACGAGGAGCUGUCGAAGCUGUACCGCGCGCUGGAGGAGGAGCGCGGCGUGGCGGAGCCGGAACGUUUCGUGUUCCCCGCGUUGUACGGCGCGCGGUCGCGGCGGCUCGAGGAAGCACUGGUGCUGGAGGACCUGCGCGCGUCGGGGUUCGGCCCCCGCGACCGCCUGCGCCCCGUGGACUGGGAGUACGCGUGCGCCGCGAUGGAGCAGCUGGCGCGGCUGCACGCGCUCGGCUUCGCGCUGCAGCUGCAGGCACCGGAGCAGUACGAGCGGCUGGCGCGGCGCGUGGAGAUGCGCUUCGACCUGGAGAGCACGGGCGCGUGGUCGAGCACGGUGGAGCUGGCGCUGGCGGCGACGCGGCCCGAGCACCGCGCGCGGCUGCAGACGGCCCUCGCCUCACCCGCCGCGCGCUUCCUGCACCACUACACCGCGCUCCGCCGCAGCACGCUCGUGCACGCCGACUACAGGACCUGCAACCUCAUGCACAGGCGCCACCAGGGCGGCGCGCUGGAGGUGCGAGUGGUGGACUACCAGACGGUGCAGCGCGGCAGCCCCGUCGCUGACGUGUUGUACUUCGUGUUCACCGGCUCCGACGAGGAGUUCCGCGCGCGACACCUGCGCCCUCUGCUGGACCACUACCUGCAGCGUCUCCACGCCGCGCUCGGCCGCCUCCGCCUCGACCCGCUCACCGUCUACUCCGCGCAAGACUUCGAAUACGAGCUCAAGGAGAAGCUGCCGUUCGGGCUGAAGAUUGCGGUGUACACGCUGCCCGUCAUCACGGUGGAGGAGGAGGAUGCACCAGAACUCGGAACCGACUUCGACAGUUUCAAGGUGAAGAAGACGAGCAGCCGCUUCCCCGCCAGGAUCAACGGCAUCGUUGACGACUACGUCCGCUGGGGUCUCAUCUGAGGCAGUUUGUUCGGCCUUAAGUUGUCGUGAUUGGGGAGUGCAGAUGUAUGAGUAGAUGUCUGAGCGUAUGACCACGACCGGCCCGAGGGUCUCCGCGCCUCCGCCCUCCCGCCCGCCCGCUGCGGGGGUGUCCGUCCGACCAUUCUAAUGUUGUAAUAUUUAUUGAUUAGUUGACUUGAACUGACUGUAAUAACAUACUCGUAUAAGAUGUAAGGCACGUAGACCGCGCCGAGCGUCUACAUCGGUCUGUGCGCGGCGGGGGCGCGGCCCUGCUCUAUAGCUUUAGUUAAUGUUUAGAUUCAAUGUGUAUUAAUUAGUUAGUUAGUUGACAUAAAAGAUUGUUGAUAUUGAACUAAUGAGAAAUGUUAAUUAUAGAUUAAGCUAAAUAGUUAAAUUUGAACGUAAUGUAAAAUAAUUAUAAUGAUAGUGGAUGACAGGAGCCAGCAGGGACUAGAUGUAAGGGCAGGGACGUGUGCCGUAUAGGACGCGACCUGCCUCUCUGUUAAUGUGUCGUCGUGUUGCACUUGUCAUUGACAUGUUUGUUGUUGUUAAUUCAUUAAUAUAAUAUUUAGAGUCGAUUCAAUAAAUUAAUCUUUACUGAA